CACCAAAACAGCUCUAAACAACUGAAGGAGAAGAAAAAGAUCUCUCAGAACUAGAGCUACAGUUGCUACAACUCUCUCUCUCUCUCUCUCUCAGUAGCUGAAGAACGACUCCUUUCUGUGUACUUCAAUGGCUACAUCGAUUUCGGCAACUGGGCUCAGAGGAGGUCCACGUUCUUCCUUUCAUGGAAGCUGGGGUACCUCUUUGAUGGGUGAAGAAUACAGCAUUCUGGCUAAGUCAGUUCCAACAGGGAUUCGAGUUGCUAAGCCCAUACGGUUGCAACCCAUGAUGAAGAACGUCAAUGAAGGAAAGGGUAUCUUUGCACCCGUCGUCGUCGCCACCCGAAACAUCAUCGGAAAGAAGCGCUUCAAUCAGCUCAGAGGCAAAGCCAUCGCCCUUCACUCACAGGUGAUCACAGAAUUCUGCAAAUCGAUAGGAGCGGAUUCGAAACAAAGACAAGGGCUGAUUCGAUUGGCAAAGAAGAAUGGAGAAUGGCUCGGUUUCCUUGCUUGAGAAACGUUUUAUUUAUUUAUUCAUGGAGGAAAUUGUUUUGAUAGAUGUUGUACAAGGAAUUCCAGAUGUAUAUACAUUUCUCUCGUCUGGGUUUCUCUUGGAUCAGAAUGUAAACUAGAGACACCUCCUGUCUCAUCUGAACUUCAUUUCCCUUCUUAUCCCUCCCCCUCCCCCCCCAAACAAUCUUCUAUUUUCUGUUAAAUUUAGAAAAUUACAAGGAACUUAUGUAGUUGGCUCUAUUAUUUUCUAUUAUUUUCAUUUCUUUCCCAAAACUUUUAUUUUGGGAAUGAAAGAUUUUGUUCCCUC